GACAGACUUUCUGUCCUAGAACCAUGGCCCAGUCCGUCCGUAACCUCACGGAGAAGGCCCUGGCACUGGUCAAUGGUGCUGUGACUUACUUGAAGCCUCAGUUGGCCACAUGUUGGCACUAUGCCAAGGUUGAGCUGGUUCCUCCAACCCCUGCUGAGAUCCCUGCAGCUAUUCAGGGCUUGAAAAGAAUAAUCAGUAGUGCUCAGAUCUGUAGCUUAAAACAGCUCACAGUUAAGGGAACUCUUCUUAAUGGUUUGGUGGCCACUGAGGUGUGGAUGGGGUUUUAUGUUGGUGAGAUCAUAGACAAGCGUGGCAUCAUUGGCUAUGAUGUUUGAAGACCAAUCUUUAGCAUGUGAUUAUAUUUGCUUUUUUAUGUGGGUGUUCUUGGACCAUGUGUGAGCAGACGGCUAUUUGAAUAAAGUAAAACGAUGUGUCAGAAAAAAAUGUGUUGCAUUUCUAUACACUAAUAAUGAAAUAUCAGAAAGAGAAAUCAAGAAAACAAUCCCAUUUACAAUUGCAUUGAAAAUUCUGAAUAAAUUUAACCAAGGAGGUGAAAGACCUGUAUACGGAAA